GUGAGUUUUGGCUGAUUUAGGAUUUUAUUUUGAAACCCCCAAAUCGAAAGAGAGGUCCACGAUUCAGGUCGUUUUGUUUUUGGGCAAAGAAGCAAUGGGAGUCCAUGACACAUCACCUGAUGGCAGUAGAUUGGGUCAAAAAAUUGAGGAGUUCUCAUCGGCGGCAUCAUGCAAGUUCUCACUGGAGGAGUUUGAAGAAUUGAAAUCAGAGAAAGACAACAUGGCUAGUGGAUCUAGCGAUAUUUAAGCAAUUAAUUGAAACUAAAUUUCAAGUAAGAAAAAAAACAGAGAUUGAAACUUGAUAUGGGUUUUACAACCAGAGAUUACAGCAAUUUUUUGACACUAGAUUUCAAUUAUUUGAUCUGGCAUUUCGGUGACUGAUAAAUUUUUUCUCUUUUCCGGUCUGUGUGAGAGAGAAAGGGAGAGAGAGAGGGGCAUCGAUAUCUUGGCUUUGGUUCUCUGCUGCCGCCGGUGAGAGAGAGAGAGAGAGAGCACCAGAGAACAAGAAGGGAACCGGCAUCAUAGCUGUCGCCAGAGAGAGAGGGAGCACCGAAGAGGUCUGGGUUGGGCUCCGGCAUCUUCUCCGGCUAAAUCUGGGCUGGGCUCCGGCGUCUUCAACGGCAAGCUCUGGGCUGGGCUGAGAUUUAGCAAGGUCUCUGGCACUCUGCUGCCGCUAGAGAGAGAGGGAGAGAGGGAGCACCGGAGAGGGCUGGGCUGGGCUGGGCUCUGGCGUCGUCUCCGGCAAGCUAUGGGCUGGGCUUCGGCAGGUUCCACCCUUUUGAUUUGGGGGUUUCAAGUCAACCAAAAUUCACUGUUUUGGAGGUGUCAAAACGGUGGCAUAUGCACCGUUUCAUUUAGAUUAACGGCGGCUACACAAUUUUGAAAACUAAGUAAAAAAUUUUCCUUUUUUUUUUUUUUUGGUGACAUUUAUUUCGGUUUAGGUAACAACCCUGAAGCCACCCCCCGGUAAAGUAAUAAAAGGCAAAAACAAGUCAGGGUUUAGGGUUUAUGGUUUGUUUUCGUUUCCCCCCGUCAGCCAUACCCAAAAGCAGGUUUGUUUGCUCCACUGUAUCGAAGAAAGCUGACUAGAAAUGGCGCUCAGGCCCGGACUUGUGAGGCGGUUUCUAUCCACUUCAGUAUUCUCUUCUCAAUCCUCUGUUUCUGCUUCGGCCUUUGCUGCUAAUGCUAGUGAUAAGCUUGCUGUUUCUCCUUCGACGACCCUAUUUGUCCACGGGCUUAACAAGAGAACCACAUCAGAGAAACUUCAGGAAGCUUUCUCUCAAUUUGGCGAAGUUGUUCACGCCAGGGUGGUGACAGACCGUGCUACUGGAUACUCAAAAGGCUAUGGAUUUGUGAACUAUGCCACCUUAGAAGAUUCAGAGAACGGAGUGAAAGGGAUGGAUGGAGAGACUCUUGAAGGAUGGGUAAUUUUUGCUGAAUACGCUAGACCGAGAAUUCCUCCAGGACAGUCGGCAUCUCCAGAAACUUACCCACCUUACUAGCUGAUGAUCGAUUAAACCAAUUGAUUGGAUUGGACGUGAGGUAUACCAGCUUUACUGUUUGAGGAGCUCGGGUCAGGUCGCCGUCGUUUCUUCUUCUUGUCGUCCAUUUGAGGUGAGAGAGAGGGAGGCUGAGAAAUGUGGAUCGGUUGAACAGUGGAAAGGCGGGAAAUGAGAGGGAGAGCCUUUUGGGGGUGAUCUAUGUCUUCUCUCGAGGGCUAGUGAGCCUGUGAGGGGCCGUCUUUAUACGACGCCGUAUUUCUUUGUUAUAUUAUUCCAUAAAAUUACUAUUUGUUGCAUUUAAGCUAGUUAUUGCA